UGGAGUUUUUGCAAAUUUCAAGUUCCGGGAAGUGCUCAAUGCAUGUGCGCAUUUGGAACUGGCAGUAAUAGUAUUAUAGAUGGAACGAAAUUAUCAAAAGGUUGGCAUUGGUGUUGGUGCAUUUCAUAAUCCACCUAGAGCAAAAUACAGCGAGGAAACGAAGAAUUUAAUCAAACUUUUGAUGGAAGAAUCGAAAGUAGGCAUGAGUCAAAGAAAAAUUAUUCAAAAGGCCAUUGACAAAGGAGAAUCUCUUCCACCGCCCCAUAAAUCUAUGGAGGAUACAAAAAAAUCUAAGGAACCUCAGGUGAUAUUUCCAAGUUUGUGGAAGAAACGUUCGCAGAGUAUGAUACUCGGUAGCGGUGCUUACGAAAGGGAACAAUAUCGUCGAACUGUGCCCUUACCUAACAAGGAAAAACAGAAACGUCAUUUGGCUUGUUUAAUGGCUUACGGGAAAGAAAUGCCGGAAACACCUCAUGGACCAAAAAUUCUUCACAAAGCAAAAAGAGAACCUCGAUCUAAUCAGGAAGAUAACUUUGAAUACGUUAUCGAAGGAAUUCGCGAGAGAAUAGAAUUUUUGAACGACAUGGAAUGCCUUGGUUUGGGUAAAAAAUAUCGACCUUUAAUACAACAAGAGGUCGCUCAAAAGAUUCGUUUUAUAAACUCCAUUGAUAAGGAAAAAUCUACGGAAGUAUUAAAAGAAUUAGAAAAAUUUCAAUUAGAAAGACCACCUCCUAGACCAUUCCCUUUGGGAGAUUUAGAUGAAAGUUGAGAUAUAACUUUUAUUAUUUUUAGUAUAUAUAUAUAUUGUGCAUAUAUUUAUAUUCAGACGAUAUUAGAUUUAUCGAAAUGUAGGUAGUAAUCCAUGACGUAAAAUGAUAUUUUUUAAUAUAUCACAAAUUUUCGAUAGA